UCAGAGGUCGGGGGAAGAUGGCGGAGCGGGUGCUGACUGAGGAGCUGCUUCAGCGACUGGAGAUAGCGGAUGGGGGGAUCGAUAGCGCUGAGUUGGCCCGGGACCUCGGUGUCGACCACCAGCUGGUGGUGGGCGCUGUCAAAAGUCUGCAGACUCUGGACGAUGUGAUUGAGGCUGAGCAAAGAUCCCAUAAGCAUUGGGAGCUGACUGAGGAAGGGAAAGACAUUGUGCAGAAUGGCAGCCAUGAAGCUCGAGUCUUUGAUGCCAUUCCACCUAAUGGAAUUCUUCAGAGUGAACUAAUGAAACUCUCAAGUGGAAAAGUGGGGUUCAGCAAGGCCAUGUCUAGUAAAUGGAUCCGUAUUGACAAGAAAGCAGAAGGUGGACCUCGAAUCUUUAGGGCUAUGGAUCAUAUUGAAGAUUCUGUCAAAGUGAAGCUGCUGCUGGUGCAGGAGGGAAAAGACAGUGUCUUGGAGGAGAAGGAGAAGAAUGAACUCAAAAAGAGGAAGCUGCUCAGCGAGGUGACUGUGAAGACCUAUUGGAUCACUAAAGGAAGUUCAUUCAGCACUAAAGUGGUCAAACAAGACACUGAUCUCACUCCAGAGAUGAUAGCCAAUGGUUCAUGGCAAAGCAAGAAGUUCAAACCAUACAACUUCGAUGCCUUGGGUAUCAUUCCGGAGUGUGGCCACCUGCAUCCCUUGAUGAAAGUCCGAACAGAGUUUCGACAGAUAUUCCUGGAAAUGGGUUUCACAGAGAUGCCGACCAACAAUUUCAUUGAGAGUUCAUUCUGGAAUUUUGACGCGCUUUUCCAACCUCAGCAGCAUCCUGCCCGGGACCAGCAUGACACUUUCUUCCUGUCUGAACCUGCCAUUGCAACGGAGUUUCCAAUAGAUUAUCUUGAAAGGGUGAAGAAGGUCCACUCAGAGGGAGGGUAUGGAUCCCAAGGGUACAGGUAUGAUUGGAAGAUUGAAGAAGCACAGAAGAACCUUCUGCGGACACACACGACAGCAGUCAGUGCACGAAUGCUGUACAAACUUGCACAACAGGAAGCCUUCACACCAGUGAAGUAUUUCUCCAUCGAUCGUGUCUUCCGUAAUGAAACGCUGGAUGCCACUCACUUAGCCGAGUUUCACCAGAUUGAAGGGGUGGUGGCAGAUUAUGAUCUCACCCUGGGUGACCUGAUGGGAGUUCUUCAGCAGUUCUUCACCAAACUAGGUAUAACCAAACUGCGUUAUAAGCCUGCUUUCAACCCUUACACAGAGCCAAGUAUGGAGAUCUUCAGCUAUCAUGAAGGAUUGAAGAAAUGGGUGGAAGUCGGAAAUUCCGGUGUCUUCCGCCCAGAGAUGCUGCAGCCGAUGGGCCUGCCGGAAGGGGUGUGUGUGAUUGCGUGGGGUCUGUCUCUUGAACGACCAACCAUGAUCAAGUAUGGGAUCAACAACAUCCGUGAGCUUGUGGGGCACAAGGUGAACUUGCAGAUGGUGUAUGACAGCCCAGUGUGCCGUCUGGACUCCUAGUACUCACGUAGACGUUUGCAGCCAGACUGUUGCUGAGGUGUGUGUGUGACACUUCAGCCUAAACAAGGUUUCACUUAAUUUAAAUUCAGGGACUGGGGGUAGCGGGGUAUGAAGAAUAAAACAUAUUUUGGCUUUGGAGCUUGGAGGAUACUUAAUUGUCAAUCAAUCAUGUCAAUGUCAUUCUGCAUACAAAACUACAGCUCAUGGACUCUUGUUCCAUUAUUUCAUAUUAAUAUUUAAAAGUAUUCCAGAAAUUUGGCAAGAUUGCACAUCUGUGAAAAUUGUGUUAGGAACAGGAAAGGAAGCUGGAACUUCAGGUUAAUGGGUGCAUGUUACCUUCUUAAUAUUAUAUCUGCAAUCUAAAUUCCACACCCUCUUGUCAAUAAGGAUCAUUGUGCUGAAACUAUCAGUUCCUCCCUGCUUAAUUUACAGUAAAGAAAUCUCAAUAUGAAGUAAUGGGACUUUUGAAGGUGUUGAGCUGGUGGUUUUGUUCACACACACACGUGAUUGUCAUGUGGGAUAUUAUCUUAGUCUCCGAGGAGUCUACUUAUAACACCUAUCUUAUUUCAGAGAAUGAAAUAAAUUGUAAAUAUAAUGCAAUAAACAGAGCAAAACU